AUGGAAAGUCAAGCAGACCUGUCUACUGCUGCUGAUGAUGAAAGCGCUUCAGUGUCCGGCGUACCUGCCAGUUCGUCCAGUCGCACGAAAAGGAAAUCCAAGAAGUGUAAGAAAUGUGGAAGCAUAGUUCAGAACUUAAGCCGCCAUCAAAGCGAUGUGCAUAAAAUGUCAAAGAUGAAAAGAAAACUGGGUGUUUAUGUAACUCGAGAAAGAAAGCCACCCAAUCGAAGGAUAAAAUUUUGUCCUCUAUCCCCGUGCAAGAGGGAGAAGAAACCGAUAUUUCAACUCCACAAACAUUUGCAGACUGGUAUACACAAACUAAAACCAGGAACACCUGCUUAUUUAAAUGCGCUAUCGCACGCUCCACGAGCUUCGUUCAAAAAAGUAGAAUCCCACUUAGAACGUAGGAAAAACGGUAGGCAGGAGAAACAGUACAGCGAAAGUCACGAGGAGGCUAAUUGGCAAGAUGAAGAUAACAACACACACGAGGAGGUGGGGUCUAAACGAUGCAGCCCAGGGAAAAGUGACGAAUUCGAGGAUGAAGAUUAUGAGGAACUAGCCACAAAGGCUGAUGAAAAAUUAAAGAAAGCAGCCUGGAAGAUUAAGCAUCGACAGGAUAGAGCAGCAGAGAGUAAAAGGAGACACAAGCCCAAACGCAGAAGAUCGCAAGAAACCAUUUCAGAGACAAGCAACUGUGGAAGCAGAAAACUGCAAGAAACCAUUUCAGAGGCAAGCAACAGUGCAAGCGAAGUUAACGAGGGCGAUGGUGCAUACCCUGAAGACAAUGAAACAGUCGAGGAUAUUAUUCCGUGCAGCCCAAAUAUAGACAGUGCCAGGGUAACUAAAGAAGAUUAUGAAACACUUGCAAGAGGAGCACUAAACAAGAUGAAGAAAACAUCCAACAAGAGGAAGCAUCGAGGGGAAGACAGAAGAGAAGAUAAUGCGAUGAAAACCAUUACAGACAGUGAUGAAGAAUACGAUAAUCUCACAAGAAGAUUAUGGAAUAAUAGUCAUGAAGAAAAGAAGAGUGAAAGGAGCGACGAGGAAAGAAAGAAUCUAGGUUCAAAAGAGAUCAGCGACGGAGGACUUGACGGUGCUAACGGGGAGAACGUAGUCAGUUGUAAUCAGACAGAAUGUUUUGAAAUUUCCGACAGCGACGAGUCUGGCUCGGAUCCUGACUACGAAUGCGAAGAAGAGAUUAAUUCAAGUGACUCCAGUCAAUCGGACAUAUCCCUCGACUCCUCUUCUCUUCCUGUUGAAUGCGAGGAACUAUUGACCGAAUUUGUCGAGAUUGUCGGGGAAAGUAAUGUUGACGAAGGAUCACUUUUGGAUAAAGAAUUAGAUUGGCUCCAAGAAGUGACGGAGUUUAAAGAAAACAAGUUAUCGCAUGGUCACGUUUUUAAAACACCUGUCGAGUCAACGCAGGAACUGGUACGAUCGGCGGAAGAGUACGAUAAAUACGUACAGGAGGAACUGUGUUGUGUGAUUGGAGGAGAUCAAAGCGAUAAUGAUGAUGCGCUCGACACAGAUUGGAAACCAAGCGAUUGUGACAUUGAGGAAGGAGCAGACGUAAAGACAGAGAACAACGAUGUCAAUGAUGAGCUUACUGGACAACUGCUGACGGAGUUUUAUGAAUGGUUAAUUGACGUGGAUGGAGGGUACAGAUCAGAAAAAAUGGCGCAGCAGUACAAAUCCCAGGUACGGAGUGUCGUUCGCCGUCUAAAACAGGAGGAAACGGCAGCCAAAGAAGCCCAAAACUCAAAACCUUCAGUGUACCUGCUAGUGCGUCCGGAAAAAGAAGGGGUAAAUCUCUUGAAAAAGUGGCUGUCAUAUGCUGUGGAAAAGUAUCAGCCGGGAACUGUGAGAUCUUAUCUCAUGAGUUUGCGUCUGUUCUAUAAAUUCUUAACGCAAGAAAGAAAAUCUGAGAUGUCUGAUGUGAGUGUGGAUACCUUAAAUGCACGCCGGGAUCUCAUGACUUCAUGGUCAGCGCCCAAAAGAAAAAGGUUUUAA